ACAUGGCGAUGACAACAUGAGAGAGAGAGAUUCCAAGAGUUUCGCUCCACAAAUUGUGAAAUCGUUUUGACGCGCGUUUAUCGCACUCGUGUUCAAAUUUGAACUUCUCUUAACAGAAUUGCAUUAAUUCACAAAAGAAUUGAUUGUUAGGGAUAUGAUCCACUUGUACAGAGGAUAAGCAUGGCCCAUCGAGUUCUCCAAAGGUAUCCCAGAACGAUGAUCAAUCGUUUCCGCGAGGUAGCACAACAGUUUGAAUAUCUUCUUGUAAUGGACUUUGAGGCCACAUGCGAGAGGUAUGAGGUGCUCAGGCCACAGGAGAUUAUCGAGCUACCAUGCGCAGUGCUGUCCACCUGCGAGUGGAAAUUGGAGGACACGUUUCACACUUAUGUGAAACCCAGAGUCCAUCCCACUCUCACGCCGUUCUGCACAGAAUUAACCGGAAUCAUGCAGGAGAUGGUGGAUGAUCAGCCUUACUUUACGGAUGUAUUUUCAAAUUUCUGUGAAUGGUUGACUAAGGGAGGAUACUUUGACAAACCUGAGAAGAGCUCGUUCGUCACAUGCGGUAAUUGGGAUUUAAAAACUAUGCUGCCGAGUCAAUGUGAUCUGGAUGGUAUUACUUUACCAGAUCAGUUCAAGCAGUGGAUAGAUUUGAAGCACACAUUUUGCGAAUCUACCGGAUAUUACCCCAAGAGUUUAAAGGACAUGCUUGUGCGAUUGAAUAUUCCGUUAAAAGGACGUCUACAUUCGGGGAUUGACGAUGUGAAAAAUAUGAUAUCGAUAAUACUAGCUUUAAAAGAGAGACACGCAACGCAAUUUAAAAUUACUUCGUCAUUAACAACUUCUGCGAUAAACUUAAGUAACAAUAAUAAACAGACUAAAAUAACAAGGAAUAUAUUGAAGAAAAACACGUGA